AUGACCAAGGUAAGCUCUGAGUACAUGACCAAUGUUAGCUCAGAGUACAUGACCAAGGUUAGCUCUGUGUACAGGACCAAGGUGAGCUCUGAGUACACGACCAAGGUUAGCUCCAAGUACACGACCAAGGUUAGCUCUCAGUACAUGACCAAGGUUAGCUCUGAGUACAUGACCAAGGUUAGCUCUGAGUACAUGACCAAGGUUAGCUCUGUGUACAUGACCAAGGUUAGCUCUGAGUACACUACCAAGGUUAGCUCCAAGUACACGUCCAAGGUUAGCUUCAAGUACACAACCAAGCUUAGCUCUCAGUACAUGACCAAGGUUAGCUCUGAGUACAUGACCAAGGUUAGCUCUCAGUACAUGACCAAGGUUAGCUCUCAGUACACGACCAAGGUUAGCUCUCAGUACAUGACCAAGGUUAGCUCUCAGUACACGACUAAGGUUAGCUCUGAGUACAUGACCAAGGUUAGCUCUGAGUACACAACCAAGGUUAGCUUUCAGUACACGACUAAGGUUAGCUCUCAGUACACGACCAAGGUUAGCGCUAAGUACACGACUAAGGUUAGCUCUGAGUACACGACCAAGGUUAGCUCAGAGUACACGACCAAGGUUAGCUUUCAGUACACAACUAAGGUUAGCUCUGAGUACAUGACUAAGGUUAGCUCUCAGUACACAACUAAGGUUAGCUUUCAGUACACGACUAAGGUUAGCUUUCAGUACACGACUAAGGUUAGCUUUCAGUACACAACUAAGGUUAGCUCUGAGUACACGACUAAGGUUAGCUCUCAGUACACGACUAAAGUUAGCUUUCAGUACACGACUAAGGUUAGCUCUGAGUACACGACUAAGGUUAGCUCCAAGUACACGACUAAGGUUAGCUCUCAGUACAUGACCAAGGUUAGCUCUCAGUACAUGACCAAGGUUAGCUCUCAGUACACGACUAAGGUUAGCUCUCAGUACAUGACCAAGGUUAGCUUUCAGUACACAACUAAGGUUAGCUCUCAGUACAUGACUAAGGUUAGCUUUCAGUACACGACUAAGGUUAGCUUUCAGUACACAACUAAGGUUAGCUCUGAGUUCACGACCAAGGUUAGCUCUCAGAACACGACUAAGGUUAGCUCUCAGUACACGACUAAGGUUAGCUCUCAGUACAUGACCAAGGUUAGCUCUCAGUACACGACUAAGGUUAGCUCUCAGUACAUGACGAAGGUUAGCUCUCAGUACAUGACCAAGGUUAGCUCUCAGUACAUGACCAAGGUUAGCUCUCAGUACACGACUAAGGUUAGCUCUCAGUACAUGACCAAGGUUAGCUCCAAGUACAUGACCAAGGUUAGCUCUAAGUACACGACUAAGGUUAGCUCCAAGUACAUGACCAAGGUUAGCUCUCAGUACACGACCAAGGUUAGCUCCAAGUACAUGACUAAGGUUAGCUCUGAGUACACGACUAAGGUUAGCUCUGAGUACACGACUAAGGUUAGCUCUCAGUACACGACUAAGGUUAGCUCUCAGUACACGACCAAGGUUAGCUCUCAGUACACGACUAAGGUUAGCUCUCAGUACACGACCAAGGUUAGCUCUCAGUACAUGACGAAGGUUAGCUCUCAGUACAUGACCAAGGUUAGCUCUCAGUACACGACCAAGGUUAGCUCUCAGUACACGACCAAGGUUAGCUCUCAGUACACGACCAAGGUUAGCUCUCAGUACACAACCAAGGUUAGCUCUCAGUACACGACCAAGGUUAGCUCUCAGUACACGACCAAGGUUAGCUCUCAGUACACGACCAAGGUUAGCUCUCAGUACAUGACGAAGGUUAGCUCUCAGUACACGACCAAGGUUAGCUCUCAGUACACGACCAAGGUUAGCUCUCAGUACACGACCAAGGUUAGCUCUCAGUACACAACCAUGGUUAGCUCCAAGUACACGACUAAGGUUAGCUCUGAGUACAGGACCAAGGUUAGCUCUCAGUACAUGACGAAGGUUAGCUCCAAGUACACGACUAAGGUUAGCUCUGAGUACACGACCAAGGUUAGCUCUCAGUACACGACCAAGGUUAGCUCCAAGUACACGACUAAGGUUAGCUCUGAGUACACGACCAAGGUUAGCUCUCAGUACAUGACGAAGGUUAGCUCUCAGUACAUGACCAAGGUUAGCUCUGAGUACACAACUAAGGUUAGCUCUCAGUACAUGACCAAGGUUAGCUCUCAGUACAUGACCAAGGUUAGCUCUGAGUACACGACCAAGGUUAGCUCUGAGUACACGACUAAGGUUAGCUCUGAGUACACGACCAAGGUUAGCUCUGAGUACACGACCAAGGUUAGCUCUCAGUACACGACCAAGGUUAGCUCUGAGUACAUGACGAAGGUUAGCUCUCAGUACACGACCAAGGUUAGCUCUCAGUACAUGACGAAGGUUAGCUCUCAGUACAUGACCAAGGUUAGCUCUCAGUACAUGACCAAGAAUACCAGCCUCUUUAUUUAA